UACAUCUUGGUAUCGACCGGCCAGGCCAAUCCUCCAUCAUCAUCAUCAUCAUCAUCAUCAUCUCAUCCCAAUACAUACCAGCAUGGCCUCCUCCUACAAGCAGAAGCAGCGUGCCGUCGCGGCCGCGCUGCUCUUCCUGCUGGUGGCUCACGCCAGCUGCUCCACCAAGCAGCACAAGAGCAGCAAGCAGCAUAAGGCCCACGCCGCCCCUAUUCCAACGACGCCGCCGGCGACGGCUCCAACAACGACCCCUCCUCCACCAUCGAGUUACUCCAGUCCUCCCAGCGGCGGCGGCGGCUACCCGCCGGCCAACAACGGCAGCGGCGCCGACUCAGGUAGUGCUGGGGGGUGGCUGAACGCCCGCGCGACGUGGUACGGCGCCCCCAACGGCGCCGGCCCCGACGACAACGGCGGCGCCUGCGGGUUCAAGGGCGUCAACAUGCCGCCCUUCUCGGCCAUGACAUCCUGCGGGAACGAGCCACUCUUCAAGGACGGCAAAGGAUGCGGAUCAUGCUACCAGAUCCGGUGCUUGGCCCACCCUGCUUGCUCCGGCAUCCCCGAGACGGUGAUCAUCACAGACAUGAACUACUACCCGGUGGCCCCCUACCACUUCGACCUCAGCGGCACGGCCUUCGGCGCCAUGGCCAAGGACGACCGCAACGACGAGCUCAGGCACGCGGGAAUCAUAGACAUUCAGUUCAAAAGGGUUGCUUGCCAGUACCCUGGUCUGACGGUUACGUUCCACAUCGAGCGCGGUUCCAACCCCAACUACCUGGCGGUGCUGGUGGAGUACUCCAACGGCGACGGCGACGUGGUGCAGGUGGACCUGAUGGAGUCGCGGGCCGAGGACGGGGAGCCCACGGGCGUGUGGGAGCCCAUGCGCGAGUCCUGGGGGUCCAUCUGGCGGAUGGACACGCGGCGACCGCUGCAGGGGCCCUUCUCGCUGCGGGUCACCAACGAGUCCGGCAAGACGCUGGUGGCGGACAACGUCAUCCCGGCGGACUGGCAGCCAGACAGCGUCUACAGCUCCAUCGUCCAGUUCGACUAGCUAGCUAGCUACAGUAGCUUAUAUAUUAUUAUUAUUAUUAUUUGUUGUUAUAUAUAUAUUAAUAUUAUAUAUAGGGAGAGAGUCAGAGGCGUCCAUAUACAUGAUGGGAAUAUGGGAUGGAACAACCUAGAUAGAGGCCGGCCGGCCGGGCCCCUUUAAUUUGGCUUUUUUUCUUGUCACCUUCAGACCGAGCUGGUAGCGAGGGUGUUCGCCCAGCCCGCUGCGACGCGCACACGUGGUUGGUUGUGUGCGUCCUUAUUGUGAAAAUUAAUUUGUGUGCUUUCUUCACUGUC